CAGGUGUGAGUGUCCGCGCUGAUCUAUUAUUACAUUACAUCUACAUUUAUUCAUUUAGCAGACGCUUUUAUCCAAAGCGACUUACAGAUGAAGACAGUGGAAGCAAUCAAAAACAACAAAAAGAGCAAUGAUAUAUAAAUGUCUAUUAUAUGACUCUAUUUUAGAUCAGUGGUGUCCGCUUAUGUUUUAUACAGUCGAUGGUCCGCUCGAGCGUCUCUGGACAGUAAACAAACAACAUGGCCGAUAGUAGUCGCAAGUGGUUAUGGAUCAGAGGCCGUUUGCUCUGUUUUAUCCCAUUUCUCCUCUCAACUUCGUCUUUUAAUGGAGUUUACGCCGCUCCAGAGAUGGGCCUGUGGACUAUUACAGUGCUUAAUACAUCAAGACCUUUAUUGUUAAGAAAAGCCAUGUAUAAGAAUACUGACAUUCAGCUAAGAGUGGCAUCAUUCGGUUGUCCAGAGGAAGUGAUGUUCUCCAUUCAGUGGUUUCUGAAAUAUUACCCCUGUCACAAUGAGUACAACAAUAUUGAAGAGAUGUAUGAAAAGACGCCACUGAGUCGAGGUGAGAGUCUGGACCCGAACCCUCUGGGACCCGGACAGUAUAUUCAACACAAAUACAGGGAAUUAUCCUGCCGCAGUGACAUGCACGUCUUCCCCAUGCUCAAUAAAUCAAAAGCGGAACUGAAAACAGUGAGACCGGUUCAAGUGGAAAGCGAGUUACAGGAUGGCAGUUUCAAAAGUUCUUCAUUUGCUGAGACUGGUUCAUACAGAGCAAAGGAUCAUGUGAUUGCUACGAGCUGGAGAGACGGGCCAUAUCUGCUGGUAGUUCACAUCAAUUCAAGCAAACAAGAUGUCACCUGGAAUUUAACAUUCAGUGUUGUGAUGAAGGGAACCCACGGCUAUCUCUCUGUCACCGAAUGGCCUCUCAUGAUCUUCUACAUGGUGAUGUGUGUGGUGUACAUCCUGUACGCUCUUCUCUGGUUUGUCUGGGCGUCCUGCUACUGGAAAGACCUGCUGAGGAUCCAGUUCUGGAUUGCAGGAGUCAUAUUUUUGGGCAUGAUCGAGAAGGCUGUCUUCUGUGCUGAAUAUCAGAACACCAACAACGUGGGCUCUGCAUCUCAGGGUCUGCUGAUCUUUGCCGAGCUCGUCUCUGCUCUGAAGAGGACUCUGGCUCGUUUGCUGGUCAUCAUCGUCAGUCUGGGCUACGGCAUUGUCAAGCCGCGUUUAGGCACCGUCAUGCACAGAGUGGUGGGUCUGGGUGUGCUUUACUUCAUAUUUGCUGCAAUUGAGGGCGUUCUGAGGAUCACUGGGGCUAAAGACUCUGACCUGGCCCUGCUGGCCAACAUUCCCCUGGCUCUGAUUGACUCUUCUCUGUGCUGGUGGAUAUUUGUCAGUCUGGCACAAACCAUUAAGACUCUAAAACUCAGACGAAACCCGGUGAAGUUGUCUUUGUACCGACACUUCACCAACACGCUCAUCUUUGCUGUUCUCGCCUCCAUUAUUUUCAUGGUCUGGACGACGAGGAAGUUCCGGUUGGCAGACUGUCAGGCGGACUGGAUGGAGCUGUGGGUGGAUGAUGCUUUCUGGAGGUUCCUCUUCUCCAUCAUUCUGCUGGUCAUCAUGUUUCUGUGGAGGCCGUCUGCUAAUAACCAAAGGUAUGCAUUCAUGCCGCUCAUUGAUGACUCCGAUGAUGAGGAGAUUGAAGAGUUCCUGGUGUCUGCAAACAUCGCUGAUGGGAUAAAGUUGAGGGCAGCUAAGGCAGAAACCAAUGGGACGAUGAAGCCUGCAUCAGCUCAUCCGGAUGAAGAUUUGAAGUGGGUGGAGGAGAAUAUUCCUACCUCUCUGUCUGAUGUAGCUCUUCCUGUUCUUCUGGACUCAGAUGAGGAGAUCAUGACCACCAAGUUUGAGAUGUCUAAAAUGGAGUGAGGUUGAGAAAGCACCGCAGCUGAAGCAAACCUCCAGAGAUCAACCAAAACUGGCGUCUGACCCUCACCGGAGAGCGUUUCCUUCCUUCGCUCCGGUUUGAUGAUGGCUUUUAGGUCCGUUGAAGGAAUCGUGUUGAAGAAGCUGAACUAGAUGCAGAACGACAUGACCUUCGUUGAGGUGUUACCUCGCUCUCUUUUAUUUUUCUGAACUGUUCAUCAUUCUGUAUAAAGAGACGACGGUCUACGUUUAGAAACUUUUCUGAUGACAUACCUGAAAAAAAUUGUGAGGAAGUAUUUAAAAGGGUUAAGCUUGGAUUAAUAACUUCAAGUUGACCAAAGUGUCUUCUCCGUUCGACAAGUUAAUCUUUGGCUGUAUAUAAAGUGUUAUUUUAAAUGUUUUUUCUCUGAUCUCAGCACAUGAUCAUGUGAAUAGUAGAACGUGUGUUGGAUUUGUGUUUGUGAGUUUGUACAGGGAGUAAUAUAAAUGGGCAGAUUGAGUAGUUAUAUAUUCUGAAUGAUUUGAUGAAGUUGUUUUUUGUUUUGUUUUCAACAUUUCUCACUUUAAAAAAAGAAAGCCCAAAAUCUAAAUGGUUGAUAUUUAAUGACCCUCAUCUCGUCUCAAACCCACAAGCCUGUUUUGGCCACAAGAGUAAAAAUUAAAUCCGUAAUAAAAUAAAAAAAAUUUUAUUUUACAAUUCAGCAUUUUUUCUUUCAGUUCUGAGAAACUGCAAGAUAUAAACCCAGAUUUAUGUCUUUUCUUUCUAGCAAUAAUGGGUUUACAUCUUGCAAUUCUGACUUUUUUUCUUUUAAUUGCACUUUAUAUCGCAGAAAUUGAACUUCUCAGAAAUGUGAGUUUGUAUCUUGCACUUUUGAGUUUAUACCUCGUGGUUCUGGAUGAAACAGUAGAACACAAAAAGAGACGUUUUAAAGCACAAUUUAUUAGUGCAUGCAACUUGUGCACUAUAUUCCAAGUCUUCUGACAUGAUGUGAUAGCUUUGUGAGAGGAACAGCGCUUAAUUUAACCCUCUCUUGUCCAAAAGCUCUCCCCCUCGCAACAUGCAAUCUGAAUACUUUUGUGAACGAGGUUUGAGAGCAGUGUACUUUUGAUUGAGUAUGAGUUUGAACACAGUGCAUUCAUUAGACUUUUAUGAAGGAGUUUUGUGUUUUUUGUUUCUGUGAUGCAUUUUUGGAGCUUGAACUUCAAUUGUAUGCAAAUAAAGUAGCAUAGAUUUAAUUUGAACAAAUACAGUUUUGUGGGUUUGAAACAACAUUAGGGUGUAUUUUCCAUUUUUUGGGGUGAAACAUUCCUUUAACAUUCCUUUUUCUUUUUUAGGAAAGCGUUUGCAUCUUGGAACUCUGUGUAGAUGCAUACUGAAGCCUUAACUCACUUCUGUUUUUAAGGUUUUUGCUGUUAUCACAGUGAAACGGUCACUUUGCCGUUUCUUCGCAGGUCUCGGUUGGACAUUCUGUGACAUGUCUGCUUUAACAGAAGGUUGUGUGCUUUACCAUACUGAACCGCGGUAAACAGAAAGACUGUUAAACUUCAGAAAUAUGUAUUUUUAUUUCCUUGAGACUAAACAAAAUGCUUUGUCAAAUGACUUCAGAUUUGUGUUAAUUACAAAGCGCACUUUAAGAGAAUGUGAUUUUUAUUUAUUUUUUGGUCAUAUGAUGCAGCUUCAUUUAUCUAUUUAUCUGUUGCCCUUGUCCUUCAUGUGUCAUUCUGUUUAGUAUUUCCAUAAAAACUAUUUCCCUUUCCAGUAUUUUAUUUACCUUUCUGUUCACUUAACAAUCAGCUGCCCUCAAGCACACUUGAUGUCCUGUAGAGCUCAGGUCUCGUCUACAUGCAUGUUUAUCCAUGUUUCAUACAUGUUCAACAAUGUGGGUUGCAAUAAAGACUCUUUAUUAAAGCC